GGCAUGCGCCGCAGCAGUCGGCUCCACCAAUGACGUCAAAGCCAUCGAUCGGGCUCGGCGCACUCGCGCCAGCCUCCAGCGCGCCCGCUGUCACCCGAGCACGUGAACAUUGUCCAGGAUCGCAGCGGGCGGCUGUCUUACGUAACGCGGCCGACAAUCCCGGUUUCAUGUCGACGGCCGAGGGGACGCGCGCUCAUGUGCGGUCUAAGCUUUAGAACCAGGAAUAGUCCUUCGCAAAAAACCUCCCUCCGAUGGGGCGACAGCUGUGUCUAGCAUGUAACACCCUCUAGAUUGUAGUAACAUUCGUUAACAGUGCACAGUGACGAGUAACUCUAGUGUUUACGUCGACUGGAUGUUGUGAGUCAGGUCGUGUCGGACAUGGGAUUGGGAGACUGCUAGUGGCAGUGAGCACUCGGCGAGCGUCGGCCGCGCAGGGGCGGAUAGCUUUUGUCAAGUGUAAGCGGCAGCCAGCAAGAUGAUCAACUGGGGGGGCGUGGUGUCCAUCAUCCUGUUCUACGUGCUGAUCCUGGCCGUGGGCAUCUGGGCCGGGCGCAAGAAGCCGCCCGGCAACGACUCGGAGGAGGAGGUCAUGCUGGCCGGCCGCUCCAUCGGACUCUUCGUCGGCAUCUUCACUAUGACAGCAACAUGGGUAGGGGGCGGGUACAUCAACGGCACGGCAGAGGCGAUCUACACGCAGGGCCUCGUGUGGUGCCAGGCGCCCUUCGGCUACGCCUUGUCGCUCGUCUUCGGUGGUAUAUUCUUCGCGAACCCAAUGCGCAAGCAGGGCUACGUGACCAUGCUGGACCCCCUCCAGGACUCGUUCGGCAGCCGCAUGGGGGGGCUGCUGUUCCUGCCGGCCCUCUGCGGGGAGGUGUUCUGGGCGGCGGGCAUCUUGGCCGCUUUGGGCGCGACCCUGGCCGUGAUCAUAGACAUGGACCACCGCACGUCCGUCAUCUUCAGCGCAUGCGUCGCCGUGUUCUACACCUUGUUCGGAGGGCUGUACUCAGUGGCGUACACUGACGUCAUCCAGCUGUUCUGCAUCUUCAUCGGCCUGUGGAUGUGCAUCCCGUUCGCCUGGGCCAACGAGCACGUCAAGCCGCUCAGCUCCAUGUCCGUCGACUGGAUCGGGGAGGUGGACCCGGGGUCAUAUUGGUAUUACGCGGACUAUGGGCUGUUGCUCGUGUUCGGAGGGAUUCCGUGGCAGGUAUAUUUUCAACGAGUGUUGAGCAGCAAGACAGCUGGCCGCGCGCAGAUUCUAUCAUACGUUGCUGCCAUCGGCUGCAUCUUCAUGGCCAUCCCACCCGUCCUCAUCGGAGCCAUCGCUAAGGCUACUGCAUGGAACGAGACAGCAUUCGACGGGCCGCUGAGUCCGACCGGGGAGCUGACGUCAGACCAGACUUCUAUGAUCCUGCCCCUGGUGCUGCAGCACCUGACGCCCGACAUCGUGUCGUUCUUCGGGCUAGGGGCCGUGUCGGCUGCCGUCAUGUCGUCGGCUGACUCCAGCGUGCUCAGCGCUUCAUCUAUGUUCGCCAGGAACGUGUACAAGCUGAUCUUCAGACAGAACGCGUCGGAGAUGGAGAUCAUCUGGGUGAUGCGCGUGUCCAUCCUCAUUGUGGGCGUGCUGUCCACCGUCAUGGCGCUGACUAUACCCUCCAUCUACGGCCUGUGGUCGAUGUGCUCGGACCUGGUGUACGUGAUCCUGUUCCCGCAGCUGCUGAUGGUGGUCCACUUCAAGCACCAUUGCAACACGUACGGCUCCCUGGCGGCCUACAUCGUGGCCCUCCUCGUGCGGCUUUCUGGGGGGGAGAAGCUGCUGGGCUUGCCACCGCUGAUACAUUAUCCUGGAUGGGACCCAGAGACAGAGACACAGAUGUUCCCCUUCAGAACUAUGGCUAUGGUGCUGUCUCUCUUUACGCUGGCUUUCAUCUCCUGGCUGUCUGUGUACCUGUUCAACAAUGGCUACCUGAGCCCCGAGUCGGACUAUUUCAACUGCGUGGUGAACAUCCCUGAGGACAUCCGGCGGGUGGACGAGCCGUCUGAAGCCGGGGAGCAGAUGUCGGUGCUGUCCGGCGUGCCGGGCCGGCUGUACGGCGCAGCCGCCACGCUCGUCGGACCGGACGAGAAGGCCGGUAGGGUCAACCCGGCGCUCGAGCCGGACGACGAUCUCGACGACCCCAAUGACGGACCCACCCCCCUCUUCGGCGCCAGCUCGGCCCCCCCUCCGGUCCAAGCGCGAGGGAAACAAACCGCCUUCUGAGACGAGUACGAACUCCGCUAAGCGCGCAUUUUGUAAACAUUUUUCCUCGUUUCGAACAUCGAAAUGAUUUCAUGAUUCAGUAUUUUUCGACUUCGCGUAUUGUGCUCAAACCUCUUUGUAUCUUCCGACAGUUCGUAUGUUAUUGAUAUUGCGCGCGAGCGGAGCACUCGGCAAGCGAUAGAGUAUACUAGUGGACGUAUAAAUAUAAAGAAUUUAUUUAUUUUAGUAGCGAAAUAUAACAUAGUUACGUACUACGUGCUAAAUAUAAUGCAACUCAAACAUAUCAACAUGUGAAUCUUAGUUAUUGUUAGAGAAGAUUUUAUAUAUAUAUAUAUAUAUAUAUAUAUUAUUUAUAUAAAGAAGAUUCCUUAUUUAAGUCAAUUAAUGUAGAGACGAAAGCACAUUGAAUGUUGAGUACGUGCUUCACAUGUCACACAUAUGCUGCGUGCGAUGUAGAGGCACUACAUACAAAUGUAAUACAUAAAGAUCACGUGACCAAAUAAGCAAUUGUAAAUGUUGAAUGGAUAGAGUUUAUAUACUGUAUGAUACAAAUUGCAAAGCAAUCACAUUGCGAUAUGAACACAAAGAGUAUAUCUGAGUACAUGUAGAAGAUAAAUGCUUUAGUAGAGUGGAUCCUGUCGACUCGUCGGGCACGAGCUAGCAUGGUACAAUUUAGUGGCAUUGAAUUAUUUCUUGAACGCUUUAUUGACGUUUAGAGUUGAACUUUUUUGAUUGUAUAGUUUGUCGUUUAGUUUUAAGAAUAGUACGCUUAUGGUCGGUGAAUAUAUAAGAGAUAUAUCUUAUGAUAACAUUAGUUUGCAGUGUUAUGAACGUUAUUAUAGUUUCGCUGUUUACACAACGUAUUUCAAAUACGAAAACCACACGAAUUUUAAAUACAGGGCUGAACGUACAGCCGCAUCUUCUUCGUGACUGUAGAACAGAAUUAUAUUUAUAAAGGAUAUAAUAAUCUAACAGAUUUAUGAAUAAAGUAUAUGUAUACAAGAGUUUAUUCCGAACCUUCGGUCCGAAUCCGAAUGUACGGCGGCCUAAGCGGGUCAUAGCGCUACUCCAUUCGUGUACGUGUUGUGUUGUAGAUGUUUGGAAGGCUGACGAGUUGUGCACAACUGUACCGUCAAUAUUAUAAGUAUAAAUAUAUUGCAACUGAUACAUAUCAAAAUGUGAAAUGUAAUUACAUAGUUGAGGGUAUGUGAUGCGGUUUUAAUUGUGUUUAGCGCACAAUGGUCUUAUGGGGAGCUGUUUUUUGCGGCAUAACAAAAAAGUUAGAGAUUGUAUCCCAUUAUAUAGACUUGGGUACAAAAUCCAUCCUAUUUAGGGAUAAACGCACCGGGGCUGCCCCAGCCCGCGAACGACGCCAUGCGCACACACACGGACUCUGCAUUUUAAUAUUUCUUGUGUAUCGGUGUUCAAUCAUUACUAGUUAAUGUUAAAUGUCUGUCAGUUUGUCCGACUGUUUCCUGUGCUCCCAUCCAUGUGUCACAACCUGCUGCUUUUCGAUAUUAGAUAUAUUAUAUACUAAAUAAUUAAUAUAUCUUUAUAUUACGAUUGGAAAUUGCUUAUAAAUUCUUUUAUGAGAAAUUAUAUCGCCGACAUAGUGCGGCUUUGAAAUAUUAUAUUGGAAAUGUUGAUAUACUAUGUUGCAAUUACAUUUAUUGUGAUAACUAUAUGAGGUAGAUGGCGCUGCGCGUCGGUUAAUAUUGUUCUAAUAGAUGAAACGACUUAGGUUUGUUUUCGGGGCCGUUAAGAAAAAAACUCAUGAAAAUAUACUGUGUGAGACAUUAGCAAACUGAUGAAAUUUAGUUACCUAAUAAUUCUUCAUUCACUUAAAACACAGCACCUAAAUGACACAGUAAGUAGAUAUAAUCUAUAAAGUUAAUUUUUGUUUAUAUUUUGGACAUCGUUACAAUCUACACUUUAAUAUAGAAAAUCUAUUAGAUCAUUCAACUUGAAGCCUGCAAUUUUCCGAAGUCGUUUUGUCUGUUAACGCCUUAAGACUACCAUUACGAUACAUAUCAUAUUUGUGUGACUUAUACAUAUCAUAGUUAUAAUAGAGGAACGGAACAUAUCAUAACGAUAAGUGUAGCUAUAGGUAAUUGUUGUUCUUCGUCGCAGCUCUCUCAUGGACGCGGCGAUGUGCGUAUGACGAAAAUAAAGAAAUUCAAACAUUUUAACGUAAUUUUUUGCUUUUUACAAAACGAUUUCAAACGUUGACUGUUGGCCGCGAGAUGCUGAUCUAGAUGAAACAUGACGUGACUGCUCCAUAUUUUGUAUUGUCAGACAUAUGUUCAUUUCUAGAUCGUUUCAAAAACUUUCGUUUGACAAAAAAUGGAAUUUCCUAACUUUGUUUUUAAUGGCACAUGUUGUUGCUUUAAACUAUGCAUAUUAUUUUAAUGCACGACUGUCAGUGACAUAAACAGACUAAACUAAUAUUUCUUUCCGUUUAUGUGAAAUUAUUUCCAGAUCAGAAAAUAAUAAGAGAAUGAAUAAGAGUUGAAUUAGAACUGAGAAAUUUUAAAACAAAAAUAAAAACCCCUAUUUUGGAUGUCGUUUAAAUAUACAUUUCGCUAUGUGUUUCAACAAGGGUUGUGUAUGAAUGAGCCGUACAGAGUAUGUAUCGCACCAGAGUCGCCGUGUCCGUGCGAGGGCCGCGGACUCUGUUAGCUGGUAGUAACCUACUAUUGACUUAUUCCUAGUUCUUGUUGAAUAUUUUGAAAAUGUGAAAAAAAUGUGUAAUGUUGUAAACUCAGCGGCCGCUCCUACGACAUAAUAAACAUAUAGUAUGUUGGA